CCCGCACUCGAGUGUGUAUGUUAGCAGAACGGCAGCUGACUAGCAACAUGGCGGUGGCUGUGCGUGCGUUACAAGACCAGCUCGAAAAAGCGAAGGAGAGUUUGAAGAAUGUGGACGAAAAUAUAAAGAAAUUAACCGGCAGGGAUCCGAACGAGUUACGGCCGGGUCAGACCAGACGGCUUUCCCUCACAGGCCCAGGUGGAGGUAGGGGCCGAGGAAUCAACAUACUGAGGCGUGGACUCUCCGAUGGAGGUGGAGGACCCCCAGCCAAACAGAGGGACGUCGAAGGGGCACUCUUGAGGCUGGCGGGGGAUCAGCGAGCCAGGAGAGAUUCACGGCAUGACAGCGACGCUGAGGACGAGGACGAUGUCAAAAAACCAGCGUUGCAGUCAUCAGUCGUCGCUACCUCCAAGGAGCGCACACGUCGAGAUCUUAUUCAAGAUCAGACCAUGGACGAGAAAGGGAAGCAAAGAAAUCGCCGCAUGUUUGGCCUGUUGAUGGGAACGUUACAGAAGUUUAAACAGGAGUCGACUGUGUCCACAGAGAGGCUUAAAAGACGGCAGGAAAUUGAGCAGAAACUGGAGGUACAGGCGGAACAAGAGCGUAAGAAAGUGGAGAGCGAGAGACGCGAGCUGUUCGAGGAGAGACGAGCCAAGCAGACGGAGCUCAGGCUUCUGGAGCAUAAAGUGGAGCUGGCUCAGCUGCAAGAGGAGUGGAAUGCCCACAACGUUAAGAUUAUCAAGUUCAUUAGGACGAAGACCAAGCCUCCGCUCCUCUACCUGCCGGGUCGCAUGUGUUCAGCCACACAGAAGCUCCUGGACGAGUCUCAGAAAAAAAUGAACGCCAUGUUUGAUGAGAGGCGCGAGGCGUUCGCCGAGCACCUGAACAAGAUGGAGGCUCGGCCGAGGCGUCAGUCUCAGCGCGCCGGGAAAAAGGAAACGGAGAACGCUGAAGGGAAGAAGAAAGAAGAUGAAGAGGAGGGUAAGCAGAAGGAAAGGUUGACAGGUAAACGACAUGGUGUAGAGAUGGAGAUGGAGGAGGAGGAUGAGGAGGAGGAAGCAGAGGAGGAAAUGGAAGAGAGGGAGGAGAGUUUAGAGGUCAGGGAGAGGGAGGGAGAGGGGGAGCAGGAACAGAAGGAGGAUGAAGUGAUGGAUGAGGGGAAGGGAGAGGAAGAGGAGGAAAAGGAGGAAAAGGCAGCAGUGGAGGAUAGAGAGGUGGAGGAGAAGAUGGAGGUUGAGAUGGUAGUGGGGAAUUUAGAGGGGGAGCAGCAGCAGCAGCAGCAAGAAGAGCAGGAAAAGAGUCCGGAGGUAGAAGAGGUAGGUAACGACAGGGAGGAAGAGAAGGAGAAGGAGCAAGAGAAGGAUAGCCAUCAGGAAGACCAUGUCGAGUCUCUGAUAACCGCUGAAAACGACACGGAAGUCCAAGCUGAGGCAUCUAAAGAUCCUCCUGUUGAAGUUCCCUCGCAACCCACAACCGAAAAAGACGGCACAGAGCCGAGCGGCGCUCUCGAGCCCCAAACACACACAGAACAACCUGAAGAAGUCUCCAGUCAGCCACAGGAAGUAGUCACUGAGCCCCCGGAAGUAAAGAAUGCCGAGGGGGAAGUGGACGAGGCACGAGGUCGAGCUAAAACGAAGACGUCGCGUAGCAGCAGCAGCUCCUCGUCGAGCUCCUCGUCUGGUUCCUCGUCCAGCGGCUCGAGCUCAUCCUCCAGCAGCUCCAGCAGCUCUUCGUCGGCCUCGUCUUCCUCGUCGAGCUCUCGGUCACGCAGCAGAGAGCGCCGCAGGAGGAAUUCUGAACGGAGGAAGAGCGACAGGAGUCAGAAGCCGAGUAAAAGCAGCAGUGGGCACAGAGAGAGGAAGGAGAGAUCCAAGGAGAAAGACAGGAAGAGGACGGGGUCAGAUGGGAGCAGGUCAGGAAAACGGCCGUCACGCAGCGAGCGGGAACGAAAAUCGGACCGAAAAGAGAAAAGGCGCUAAAGGAAAAAGACCGGAUCUCUUGGGGGGGUUUUUUUUUUGUAUUAAAUGAAGUCUGCAUUUUGUUUAUGGUGAAGAGGUGAAAUUGCCUUAAGAUGACUUCCUGCUCUUUUUAAAGCAAGACUGCCUACCUAUCUUUUUUUUUUUAGUUGAUGUGGUGUUUGGGGGUUUUUUUUUUUGUUUUUUUAUUUUAUUUUAUUUUAUUUUUAAAUAACCUCUUGCAUUCAUCUCGCUUCCUGUGCUUCUUGGCUUAAUUUUUAGCUUUUAUAAACAUUGAUUUUAAGCUAACGCUCAAAGCCCACUCGAUCUUUCAGUCCCGUUAUCUGAUACCCGACUCCUAGAAAAUGCAAGAAUCAGCCAUGAUGACUUUCUCGUACUGAACAUGAGCGUUUUUGACCUCGGUGUUGUCAGUUGUCGUGUCCUGGUCGUAUGGUAGAGUAGUGAUCUUGUUUUGGCUGCUUGUGCAGUGCACAUGUCUGUUUUCAGUUUUUCUCUGUAAAUGUCAUGCGUCCGCUGUGCCGAGUGAAGCGCAGCAUCCCUGAUUUUUUGGAGAGAGCUGCUGACCUUUUAGUAUACAUGAAGCGCACUCGUAUGUGUGGGGUUGGGGGGGGGGGGGGGACGUUGA